ACAGCGGCAAAAGCCAAUAGCCCCAAAGCAAACCAGCAAACAGUCAAGUGUUGGCAACGUAGAGGAACGCACGCGAUUUUCAAAACUUCGAAACGAGUAAUAAAAUUUAUUACAUACAUAUAACGAUAACAUUACAUUUCACAACGAAGUCGUGACGUUGAUGCGAAGCGCAAUAAACAAAUCGACAAGCAACGAAAAGAAAAACGAUUAUUCGGUGGUAUACGUGUCACAAUUUAAAAAUAAGCACUCGUUUCAAAUUAGCGAGUGAUUGAGUUCAGACACUGCGACUAAUUAAGUCGAUCACUAAUAUAGAGGAAGUUUCCUAAUUGUAACAUCUUAGUGAUGGAGAAAUCGGGCCACCCCGGCAACUAUCCGCGCAUGCCAGUCGAGAUGCAAGAGGCCACACAUAGCGGCUAUACCGAACAGUCACCAGCCGCACCGCCAUCCUAUGAUCAAGCCACUCAUGCAGCACCAUAUCCCCCAGUGCAAGUUUUACCUACGCCCAGUGGCGCCGCGCAGAUGCAGCAGCAGCAGCAGCAACAACAGCAAUAUAGCAGCACAAAAGCAACAGGCGCAGCAGCAACAGCAGCCGGCGGCGGAAUUGGCGCUCAACACACCUUUGGCGGCAACCCGCACUAUGGAGCAACCAGCAUGGGUGGUGGUAUACCGCCACCACAUCAGACUUACACGUCGAAUGCGUCAGCCACCACGCAGCCAAUGGUUCAACAGCCAGUUGUGAUAAUUCAACGGAAGUACUAAAAAUGCAAAACAGUU